UAGCCAGAAGUCCACCGAGGAAAAGGGCAAUAAUUUCUCAGGCAAGGAGAAGGAGAAAGAGAAAGAGAAGGCUGAAGAAAGGUCUCAAUCUCAAGUCACGUUGGUCGGUUCACUUGCACUUUAAUCUUCAACACCAAAGCACUUCUAUCAACAUUUCUCUCUUUCUCAAUGUUUUCUUCGUCGACCACCAUCAUGGACGCCAUUCUCCCUCUUCCUCGCCUACGCGCUGCCGCUCCUCUUUUCACCACUGCCACCUUUGCCUUCGCUCACCAGCUCCCCUGUCUUCUAUCUUCACGCGCCGGCCAGAGUUUCCUUCCCCUAUCCGUCAUUUCGUUGCCUCGUCGGUCCUCCGGUAUCGCGGCAAGUGGCCCCUUGAUGGCCAAUUCUGUACCGCCCAAAAGUGGAGUGUAUCUGGUUGGUGAUUUUAUGACAAGGAAAGAGGAUUUGCAUGUGGUGAAACCAACAACAACGGUGGAUGAAGCCUUGCAAACUCUUGUUGAACGACGAAUUACCGGUUUUCCCGUGAUUGAUGAUGACUGGAAGCUGGUUGGUCUUGUGUCAGAUUAUGACUUAUUAGCAUUGGACUCUAUAUCAGGUGGUGGAAAAACUGAGAACAGCAUGUUUCCAGAGGUUGACAGCACUUGGAAAACUUUUAACGAGAUACAAAAGCUUCUCAGUAAAACCAAUGGGAAGCUUGUUGGCGACUUAAUGACAACAGCCCCAGUUGUUGUUCGUGAAACCACUAAUCUUGAGGAUGCUGCAAGAUUGUUGCUGGAGACAAAAUAUCGUAGACUUCCAGUUGUUGAUUCCGAGGGCAAGUUGGUUGGAAUUAUCACAAGAGGAAAUGUUGUAAGAGCUGCCCUUCAGAUAAAACGUGACACUGAAGGGAAAGCGUAAUCCAAAUAUUGUGCAAAGGGCUGUAGCACACAAAACGGCAAACUGGAUCAUUAUGUUUCCAUGAGCUGGUUCAAGUUCAGAAAAUAGGUUGGAAGAGCUUGGCUACCACAUACAGUUUCGGCUUAUGCUGUGCCUAGCAUACUACUGUUAAGUUACAAGCAAUUGCCUGUAGAGAAGUGAUUAGGGACCAAUAAUUGCUGUUGUUCCCUUCAUUUUACCAGUACUUGUCGUGUCCUCUCUCUUUAAUUAUCCCAUAAAGGGAAGGGACAGAAAGUGGAACAAUAAAAAAGUAAUGUAGAUAAAUUGUUUGAUUGAUGGAUGGAGAUAGUAUAUGAUCUUGUUGAGCACAUUAUUCUAAUAGAAUUGAGACUUCCUAUGGAUUUUAUGA